AUGGAAGGUGCUGAAUCAACCAUCGAAAAUCUUCGCGACGAAGUUCCACUUUUUGAUCAUUUUACUACCUCACAACAGCGGGAAACGACAGAAACUUUAGCUGAAAUAUACUCACUGAUCAUUGCCUUAGAUCAGAUUGAGAAGGCUUACUUAAGGGACUGCCUAUCUGGUGAAGAUUAUACGGUGACCGUCAACAAACUUUUGGCUCAAUAUCAGACGUACCUUUCAAAUGAUGAGGUAUGCAAGGAAUUUGGAAAUCUACAAAGCUUUAAGGAGAGAUAUAAUAUCAGCGCUUCCAAUGCUAUGACUAGGAUAGAGCGCGGGAUGCCUGUUACUGUGGAGCAUGCAAUUAGAAGCGACAAGGACCAGGAUGCCUCGCACAUGAGUAGUGGGAACAAAUUCAGCGGGAAAGCUGUCGCAGAGGCCACGGGUAAUUUCAUUACUGUGAUGGAUGCUUUGAAGCUAAAUUACCGUGCAAAGGACCAAUUGCACCCCUUGAUGUCUGAACUCCUCUUAAGCGUCAACAGAGUCAGCUCACAGGACUUCGAGCACCGCAAAACCCUAGUUGAAUGGAUUGUAAAGAUUAACAAGAUGAAAGCUGCGGAGAAAAUAUCAGAGGAUGAGGCUAGUGAACUAUUAUUCAGUCUAGAUGCAGCUUACAAGACCUUCUAUACACUCUUGGAAUAA